UCGAGAUGCGUCGUCGUGCUUUCCUGCUUGAAGGAGCAGCGCUUUUGGGUCUGCUACAACAACAUUUCAUUUCAUGUCUAGGAUCUGAAAGCUCUGACUGUAUCGUCACACGGCUGUUUCAUACGGUGAGCGCUCUUUCAGGAACAAUGGAGAAUAUUCAAGAGGAUUUUAGUAAUCUGAGGAGGGAUCUACAAAGUGAAAGAGAAGAAAGGAUCAAGUUGCAGGUGGACAACGUGGAACUUCGCCAACUCAUCAUUCAGCUUCAAGCAGACAACGCACUUUUCAAUCGCAGUUCAACUGCUUUGACUUUAAAUGUUGCUCAACUUCAAGACAAUCUGGUUGCUGUGAGUACAACUUCCGAGAUAAUGCAAGAAAAGUUGAGCAACGUGACAAGUGAAUUGCGGCAUGCAAAAGACGAAAGAAUUACACUCAAGAGUUCGACCGUGGAAUUGCUCGAAGUGACCAUGCAGCUCCAACACAAUGAUGAACGUUUAAAUGAAAGCUCUAUGGCGAUAAAAGAAGAAGUAACGAGUCUCAAGGGCCUUAUGCAGAUCAAUAUUGAUGAAUUAGCUGAAGUGAAGAAUGUCACAACAGAAUUACAAGAGAACGUUGCUUCUCUUGAAGAAGAGUAUAAUCUUUUCGAGAAUACUUCUGAUGAUCUAUCUGCAGCCGUUGCGCAACUAAAAGAUGAUGUAGGAGCAUGUAAGACAUCACAAUCUAACCUAAUUCGAUCGAGCUCUAUCCCUUUCUGCAACGCGACGAAAGUCGGACAUUUCUAUUUGAACAACGUGACUAACGAACUGACAGUAUGCAACGGAAACGAUUGGUACAGUAUGACAAGAGGAUGUCCAUAUAACAAUUAUGAGGGUUAUUGUGGAUAUUCGGUUUUGUCCCAUCGUUGCCAAUUGAUUUGGAAGCAUUCAUAUGUUGAGGUUGGAAGUGCUACAAACGACAUGCGCACAUUCAGUUCAUUCGACCGACCAUGCACAGACCUGUCUGUUGGAUGGUGCAACAUCGCCGAUAAAGACGCAGUGCCUGGACAGGUGCAAGUAACUGCAGCCUAUCACGAGGGUCAACUAGUAUAUGCUUAUCGUGGAGAUAGGAAUAAUGAAUUAGGAAAGACGUGGAGAGGAGCAAUACUCAACAAUUCUAUUAAAAUAGUAGAUUUGUGUACACAAGCUAAUGGAACCCCUCCAGAACCGACUUUCGAUAGUUAUCAAGGGCUGACAUUUGACAAAUUUAAUCCUGGCGUACACACUGGUAACUGCGACACAGACCAGUAUCAAAGUGCUACCGUUGACUGUCGCUGGCAGAAUUGUGUACUGCCAUCGAGCAUCUCCAGUCAACCGUACCGUGUACAAAUGACUGUCGCAAUAUAUCUAUGCUAAUCGCCUAAUGCUCUGGUCGGAAGGCCAGCUAUAUCGCAAAAACCAUUAUGACUCGUUGCUUUGUCAAAUGAAUGGAUGCAGUGUAGUAACAAUUUCAUGUCGUAUAUCUAGAAGUUAGGUUAUCGCCAUCGUAAAUGGUUUCUAUUUGUUAGAGCUUUUAUUAUCGUAGCUGUGCAAGCAUGUGAUAGUAGUACGUAGCAAUUAGUCACAGUCUCGCUUUAUCUAUAUCAAUUAUUAUUAACCA